CGUGUCGGACCGGGGGCGCGCGCACGCCGCUGCCCGCCUGCCUGCGAGCCUGAGAGGGCUGCUGGCUGGGUCUGGACCGGCGAGCGUGCGGAGGAGGAGCUGGGGGCAGGAGCUCAAAGAGCCCCGCGGCUCUGAGAGAACCGCUGCCUCCCGAAGGCACCCCAGGCGGACGCGGAUCGGGCUCUACCAGCAGUGGCCUGCAAGCCAGAGGGAGAUCCUUGGGACCUGGCCAGACAGGACAGAGGAGGGAACCCGAUUGUUUCUCUUUAUUCAGAAGCUAACAGUUGUUUGCUGAUUGCAAGAAGAUGUUUCUUUGUCUCUUUCUGAUUUUGUCAGCCCUGAUAUCUUCGGCAAAUGCAGACUCUGACAUCUCGGUGGAAAUUUGCAAUGUGUGCUCCUGCGUGUCAGUCGAGAACGUACUCUAUGUCAACUGUGAGAAGGUUUCAGUCUACAGACCAAAUCAGCUGAAACCACCAUGGUCUAAUUUUUAUCACCUAAAUUUCCAAAACAAUUUCUUAAAUAUUCUUUAUCCAAAUACAUUCUUGAACUUUACACAUGCAGUAUCCCUGCAGCUGGGAAAUAAUAAACUGCAGAAUAUUGAGGGAGGGGCUUUUCUUGGCCUCAGUGCAUUAAAGCAGUUGCACUUGAACAACAAUGAAUUAAAGAUUCUCCGAGCUGACACUUUCCUUGGCAUAGAGAACUUGGAGUAUCUCCAGGCUGACUACAAUUUAAUCAAGUAUAUUGAACGAGGAGCCUUCAAUAAGCUCCACAAACUGAAAGUUCUCAUUCUUAAUGACAAUCUGAUUUCAUUCCUUCCUGAUAAUAUUUUCCGAUUCGCAUCUCUGACCCACCUGGAUAUACGAGGGAAUCGAAUCCAGAAGCUCCCUUAUAUUGGAGUUCUAGAGCACAUAGGGCGAGUUGUAGAGUUGCAGCUGGAAGAUAAUCCUUGGAACUGUAGCUGUGAUUUAUUGCCUUUAAAAGCUUGGCUGGAGAACAUGCCAUAUAACAUUUACAUAGGGGAGGCUAUCUGCGAAACUCCCAGUGACUUAUAUGGCAGGCUUUUAAAAGAAACCAACAAACAAGAACUGUGCCCCAUGGGCACAGGCAGUGAUUUUGAUGUACGAAUCCUGCCUCCACCUCAGCUGGAAAAUGGCUACACCACACCCAAUGGCCACACCACCCAGACAUCCUUACAUAGACUGGUCACCAAACCUCCGAAAACAACAAAUCCUUCUAAGAUCUCGGGCAUUGUGGCCGGCAAAGCUCUCUCUAACCGCAAUCUCAGUCAGAUUGUGUCUUACCAAACCAGGGUGCCUCCCCUGACACCUUGUCCGGGACCCUGUUUUUGCAAAACACAUCCUUCAGAUUUGGGACUGAGUGUUAACUGCCAAGAGAAGAACAUACAAUCCAUGUCCGAACUGAUGCCCAAACCUUUAAAUGCCAAGAAGUUGCAUGUCAACGGCAAUAUCAUCAAAGACGUGGACAUCUCUGAUUUCACUGAGUUCGAAGGUCUGGACUUGCUGCAUUUAGGCAGCAACAAGAUCACAGUGAUCAGGGGAGAUGUCUUCCACAACCUCACGAAUUUACGACGGCUCUAUCUCAAUGGCAACCAGAUUGAGAGACUGUAUCCUGAGAUCUUCUCAGGCCUUCACAACCUGCAGUAUCUGUAUUUGGAAUACAAUCUGAUUAAGGAGAUCCUAGCCGGCACCUUUGACUCCAUGCCCAACCUGCAGCUCCUGUACUUGAACAACAAUCUGCUCAAGAGCCUGCCUGUAUACAUCUUCUCCGGGUCCCCCCUGGCCAGACUGAACCUGAGGAACAACAAGUUCAUGUACCUGCCAGUCAGUGGGGUGCUCGAUCAGCUGCAGUCUCUGACACAAAUUGACCUAGAGGGCAACCCCUGGGACUGCACGUGUGACCUGGUAGCCUUAAAGCUGUGGCUGGAGAAGCUGAAUGAUGGCAUUGUGGUGAAAGAACUGAAAUGCGAGACCCCUGUCCAGUUUGCUAACAUUGAGCUGAAGUCCCUGAAGAAUGAGAUCUUGUGUCCCAAACUGUUAAACAAGCCAUCGGCACCCUUCACCAGUCCAGUGCCAGCGUUCACCUUUACCACCCCUCUGGGGCCCAUUCGCAGUCCUCCAGGGGGCCCUGUGCCACUGUCCAUUCUAAUCUUAAGCAUCUUGGUAGUCCUUAUUCUGACCGUGUUCGUGGCUUUCUGCCUCUUAGUGUUUGUGCUGCGGCGCAACAAGAAGCCCACGGCAAAGCACGAAGGCCUGGGCAAUGCUGAGUGUGGCUCCAUGCAAUUGCAGCUGAGAAAACAUGACCACAAAGCCAACAAGAAGGACAGCCUGAGUGCUGAGGCCUUCAUCCCCCAGACCAUUGAGCAGAUGAGCAAGAGCCACAGCUGUGGCUUGAAAGAGUCUGAGACAGGGUUCAUGUUCUCUGACCCUCCAGGACAGAAAGUCAUCCUGAGGAAUGCGGCAGACAAGGAGAAAGAUCUACUGCACAUGGACUCCAGGAAAAGACUGAGCACCAUCGAUGAGCUGGAUGAGUUAUUCCCAAGCAGGGAUUCCAAUGUGUUCAUUCAGAAUUUUCUGGAAAGCAAAAAGGAGUACAAUAGCAUAGGAGUCAGUGGCUUUGAGAUCCGCUACCCUGAGAAACAACAAGACAAAAAAAGCAAGAAGUCACUCAUAGGAGGAAACCACAGUAAAAUUGUCGUGGAGCAGAGAAAGAGCAGUGAGUACUUCGAACUGAAGGCCAAACUCCAGAGUUCACCCGACUACCUACAGGUUCUUGAAGAGCAGACAGCUUUGAACAAGAUCUGAGUCCUGCAGUCUUACUCCAUACAGAGGACAUUUAUUUCAUGAUGAAAGUGCCUUUUGUUGACUUCUCAUUUCCAAAUACUAUGUUAUCAAUAGGCAUAGAGGCAAGUGUUUCCAAGAGUGUCUCAUUAACUGUUGCUGCAAAGGAGAGUCCAGUAAAAGCGCAUUUCCUAAGUAGAUUUUACUACAUCAAACCUAUACUGUGGAGUCCUGUUGGGGAUACAGCAAACUCUAUUGCCAAAGGGAUGAUAU